UUGAACUUUUCCUUUAUUCAAAAAUUCAUUCAAUUUCAAAACUUUUUGGCAUCAACAUUUUCAAAAUUAAAAGUACCAAAAAAUGCCUUUAAACCAGCCAUCAACAUCAUAUCAAGAUGAAUUUACAUGGCCUGUAAACAUGCCAGUCAAAAUUUUCAACACUGAUUACAGCUGUCCACAAGUAAUUCCAAAGAAAAUUGGAUUUGAGGCAACAAAAGAAUUUGCUUCGAGGAACAUUUGCACGCCAAAAAUAGAAAAGAAGGCUGAAAAGUCACCGCAAUUGGUGUUUAUCAACAUCUGUGAAGCAAAGGAAGUAAAUUUUCAAAAUAUCUCAUGUGGAAGUAGUCAAAGUGGCAACAAGCCACAGAACAAAUCCUUCAAACUUUGUUCUGACAAUCUAAACUUCAACAUCAAUGCACGUCCAAAGAUAUCAGUCAAUCCAAACUGUAAUAUGAGUCAAUUUUCUUGUGAGAAGCGCAACAGCAAUUCAGACCUUACAAUUCUUAUUAAUCAUGUCAAUAAAACUAAGAACAUUGUCAACUGUAAAUGUCCAAAAGCUAAACCACUUCAAAAUCAUCAACCAAGGCCCAAGAACACUCAAGUUCCAAGAAUCAAUCAUUGCAAUACCCAGAACCAACUUCCCAGAACUCAAGUUCUCAGUACUCAACUUCCCAGAACUAAUCAUUGCAAUACUCAGAACCAAAUUUCAAAACCGAAGCUCAAACAAGCACCAGAUGCAAAGAAACACGAAAUCAAAGUCUGUCCAAACUACAAAGAAUUGCUUGAAAAGAAGCAACCACCAGCAAAUAAACUUGAUGUCAAAAUGGAGCCUUGUGAAGCUUUUCCUGAAGAUCAUUGGAAUACAACAUAUCAAGAGCAAUUCGGAUUUGUGGAAUAUUGACACUUGUUGCUGUUGAUGGUAAUAAAGAUUAUUAAAUUUUUCAACUGAUGAUUCUUUGAUUUUACUGUUGUUUAUAGUAAAUUAGGGUUUUAUAAAUCU